CCAGGAUUUGUGGCUUAACCUUGAAAGCUGUGAAUACUUCUUCUGCACAUUUAAGGUGGAAUCCAACAGAGACCAAUUUCACUCAUUACAAGAUUUAUAUAUCAAACAGAACAUUUGCAGAAGAAUAUCUUAUUUGGGGCGUGAUGACUGAGCACACAGUUACAGAUCUGACUCCUGGUGGAAUAUAUAACAUCACAGUAUACAGAGUAAGAGGAAGUGUUGAAGGGUCUGGCACAUUUAUCAGAGUCAUUGCAGAACCGGAAAGACCCAGGAAACUUAAAGCUUUCAAUAUUUCUGCACAUGCCUUUUCUCUGCACUGGAGCCUACCCUCUGGCCACGUGGACAGGUUUCACGUGGAUCUUGUUCCUGACAGUGGCUUUGUUACUAUCAGCGAUCUUGGAGGUGGAGAAUAUCAGGUUGAUGUUUCUAAUGCUGUUCCUGGUACACGGUACGACGUUACCAUCUCUUCAAUUUCUGCUACAACAUUUAGCUCACCUGUUAGCAGAACAGUGACGACAAAUGUGACAAAACCAGGGCCUCCAGUCUUCCUGGCGGGGGAAAGAGUCGGAUCUGCUGGGAUUCUUCUGUCUUGGAAUACACCACCUAAUCCAAAUGGGAGAAUUAUAUCUUACAUUGUAAAAUAUAAGGAAGUUUGUCCAUGGAUGCAGGCAACGUAUACACAAGUUAGAACGAAACCAGAUAGUCUGGAAGUUCUUCUUACUAAUCUUAAUCCUGGAACAACAUAUGAAAUCAAGGUUGCUGCAGAAAACAGUGCUGGCAUUGGAGUGUUUAGUGACCCAUUUCUCUUCCAAACUGCAGAAAGUGCUCCAGGAAAAGUGGUGAAUCUCACCGUCGAGGCCUUUAACUAUUCAGCAGUAAACCUGAUUUGGUAUUUACCUCGGCAACCAAAUGGCAAAAUUACCAGCUUCAAGAUUAGUGUUAAACAUGCCAGAAGUGGGAUAGUUGUGAAGGAUGUUUCAAUCAGAGUAGAGGACAUUUUGACUGGGAAGCUGCCAGAAUGUAAUGAGAAUAAUGAAUCUUUUUUAUGGAGUACAACCAGCCCUUCGCCAACCCUGGGGAGAGUCACGCCUCCACCACGCACGACGUAUUCAUCUAGCGCGUUGUCACAGAGUAAGAUUAGCUCUGUGUGGAAAGAGCCUAUCAGUUUUGUAGUGACACAUUUGAGACCUUAUACGACGUAUCUUUUUGAAGUUUCUGCUGUUACAACUGAAGCAGGUUAUAUUGAUAGUACGAUUGUCAGAACACCGGAAUCAGUGCCUGAAGGACCACCACAAAACUGUUUAACAGGCAACAUUACAGGGAAGUCCUUUGCAAUAUCAUGGGACCCACCAACUGUAGUAACAGGAAAAUUUAGUUACAGAGUUGAAUUAUAUGGGCCAUCAGGUCGGAUUUUAGAUAACAGCACUAAGGACCUUAAGUUUGCAUUCACUAAUCUAACGCCAUUUACGGUAUAUGACGUUUAUGUUGCGGCUGAAACCAGUGCAGGGAUUGGACCUAAGUCAAAUAUUUCAGUAUUCACUCCUCCAGAAGUUCCAGGUGCAGUAUUUGAUUUGCAGGUUGCAGAAGUAGAAGCCACAGAAAUAAGAAUUGCUUGGAAGAAACCACGACAACCCAAUGGAAUCAUUAACCAAUAUCGAGUGAGAGUGUUAGUUUCUGAGACAAGAGUGAUCUUAGAAGAUACUCUGCUCAUCGGAAAAGAUGAGGUGCAGUAUAUAAACCCCAUGGCUCCAGAAACUGUGAGCAUAGUAGAGUCAAUGGCAGGAUUAUUUGAGGGUUCAGCAGAGAUGUCUUCUGAUCUGUAUUCACUUGCUUCAGUUAUAUAUAACAGUCAUCCACAUAAUUACUUUCCUGUGAGGGGCAGAGUUGAAGACCAGCCUUCAACAUUUGGAACUUCAAGGAAUCAGUAUAUCACUGACAUUGCUGCUGAACAGCUGUCCUACGUUAUCAGGAGACUUGUACCUUUCACUGAGCACAUGAUUAGUGUAUCUGCUUUCACCAUCAUGGGAGAAGGACCACCAACGGUUCUCAAUGUUAGGACGCUUGAGCAAGUGCCAAGCUCCAUUCAAGUUAUAAACUAUAAAAAUAUUAGUUCUUCAUCUAUUUUGUUAUAUUGGGAUCCUCCAGAAUAUCCUAAUGGGAAAAUAACUCAUUAUACAAUUUAUGCAAUGGAACUGGAUACAAACAGAGCAUUCCAGAUGACUGCUAUAGAUAACAACUUUCUCAUAACAGGGUUAAAGAAAUACACAAGAUAUAAAAUGAGAGUGGCUGCCUCAACCACUGUUGGAGAAAGUUCUUUGUCCGAAGCAAAUGACAUCUUCGUGAGAACUCCAGAAGAUGAGCCAGAAUCGUCACCUCAAGAUGUCGAAGUUACUGAUGUUACUGCUAGUGAAAUAAGUUUGAAGUGGUCACCACCUGAGAAACCCAACGGGAUUAUUGUUGCCUAUGAAGUGCUCUACAGAAACGUAAAUACCUUAUUCAUGAAGAACACCUCAACAACAAACAUAAUUUUAAGAGACUUAAAACCUUACUCCCUCUAUAACAUUUCUGUAAGGUCAUAUACCAGAUUUGGCCAUGGCGAUCAGUUAUCUUCUAUACUUUCUGUGAGGACUUCUGAGACUGUGCCUGAUAGUGCACCAGAAAAUAUUACUUACAAAAAUAUUUCCUCUGGAGAGGUUGAGCUGUCAUUCUUCCCUCCAAGUAGUCCCAAUGGAAUUAUACAAAAGUAUACAAUUUAUCUAAUGAAAAGUAAUGGAAAUGAGGAAAGAACGAUAAAUACAACUUCUUUGAUCCAGAAUAUUAAAGGACUGAAGAAGUACACACACUAUACAAUUGAGGUGUCAGCUAGUACACUCAAAGGUGAAGGAAUUCGGAGUGCACCCAUAAAUGUGCUGACUGAAGAAGAUGCUCCUGAUUCUCCCCCACGAGACUUCUCUGUAAAACAGUUGUCUGGUGUCAUGGUGAAGUUGUCAUGGCAACCACCCCUGGAGCCAAAUGGAAUUAUCCUCUAUUACACAGUUUAUGUCUGGGACAGAUCAUCAUUAAAAACUGUUAAUGUAACUGAAACAUCAUUAGAGUUUUCAGAUUUGGACCACAAUGUUGAAUAUCAUGCUUAUGUAACAGCUAGUACCAGAUUUGGUGAUGGGGAAAAGAGAAGCAAUAUCAUCAACUUCCGAACACCUGAGGGAGCACCAAGUGAUCCUCCCAAAGAUGUUCAUUAUUCAAACCUCAGUUCUUCAUCAAUACUUCUUUUAUGGACACCUCCUUCAAAACCUAAUGGGAUUAUACAAUAUUAUUCUGUUUAUUACAGAAACACUUCAGGUACUUUCAUCCAGAAUUUUACACUCCAUGAAGUAACCAAUGACUUUGACAAUAUGACUGUAUCUGCAAUAAUAGAUAAACUGGCAAUAUUCAGCUACUAUACAGUUUGGGUAACAGCAAGUACUUCAGUUGGAAAUGGGAAUAAAAGCAGUGGCAUAGUUCACGUAUACACAGAUCAAGACAUACCUGAAGGAGUUGUUGGAAACCUGACUUACGAGUCCAUUUCGUCAACUGCAAUAAAUGUAAGCUGGGGCCCUCCGUCUCAACCAAACGGUCUAGUGUUCUACUAUGUUUCUUUGAGCUCACAGCAGACUCCUCGCCACGUGAGACCACCUCUAGUUACAUAUGAGAGAAGCAUGUAUUUUGAUAAUCUGGAAAAAUAUACUGACUAUAUCUUAAAAGUCACUCCAUCAACAGAAAAAGGAUUCUCUGAUACAUACACUGCCCAACUACACAUCCGAACUGAAGAAGAUGUCCCAGAAACUUCACCAAUAAUCAACACUUUUAAAAACCUUUCCUCUACCUCAGUUCUUUUAUCAUGGGAUCCCCCAGUAAAGCCAAACGGUGCAAUAAUAAGUUAUGAUUUAACUUUACAAGGACCAAGUGAGAAUUCUUCUUUUGUUACUUCUGAUAACUAUGUAAUACUGGAAGAGCUUUCACCAUUUACAUUAUAUAGUUUUUUCGCUGCAGCAAGAACGAUAAAAGGACUCGGUCCUUCCAGUGUUCUUUUCUUUUACACAGAUGAGUCAGUGCCUUUAGCACCUCCUCAAAAUUUGACUUUAGUCAACUAUACUUCAGACCUUGUAUGGCUGAAAUGGAGUCCAAGUCCUGUUCCAGGCGGUAUUGUUAAAAUAUAUAGUUUAAAAAUUCAUGAACAUGAAACUGAUACUAUAUUUUAUAAGAAUAUCUCAGGUUUUCAAACUGAAGCCAAGCUUGUUGGACUGGAACCAGUCAGCACCUAUUCCAUCAGCAUAACUGCCUUUACUAAAGUUGGAAACGGCAAUCAAUAUAGUAAUGUAGUAAAAUUCACAACUCAAGAAUCAGUUCCAGAUGUUGUACAAAACAUACAGUGUACGGCAACUAGCUGGCAGUCAGCUUCAGUCAAGUGGGAUCCACCCAAAAAAGCAAACGGAAUAAUUACACAUUAUACGAUAACGGUUGAAAGGAAUGCUACAAACAUCUCUCCCCAAGAUCACACGUAUACAUUCAUGAAACUUCUUGCCAAUACCUCUUAUGUCUUUGAAAUAAGAGCUUCAACCUCAGCUGGUGAAGGUAAUGAAAUGACCUGCAACGUCAGCACGCCACCUGAGACAGUUCCCAGUGUUCCCAUGAAUAUUGCUUUUUCUAAUAUUCAGUCAACUAGUGCAACAUUGACAUGGAUGAGACCUGACACUAUCUUUGGCUACUUCCAAAACUACAAGAUUACCACUCAACUUCGGGCUAAAAGAUGCAGAGAAUGGGACUCUGAAGAAUGUAUUGAACAUCAAAAAAUUCAGUACCUCUAUGAAGCUGACCUAACUGAAGAGACAGUAUAUGGAUUGAAGAAAUUUAGAUGGUAUAGAUUCCAAGUGGCUGCCAGCACCAAUGCUGGCUAUGGCAAUGCUUCAAAUUGGAUAUCUACCCAAACCCUGCCUGGUCCUCCAGAUGGUCCUCCUGAAAAUGUGCAUGUAGUAGCAACAUCACCUUUUAGCCUCAACAUCAGCUGGAGUGAACCUGCUGUCAUUACUGGACCAACCUUCUAUUUGAUAGACGUCAAAUCAGUAGAUAGUGAUGAAUUUAAUAUUUCCUUAAUCAAGUCAAAUGAAGAAAAUAAAACCAUAGAAGUUAAAGAUUUGGAAAUCUUCACAAGGUAUUCUGUGGUGAUCACUGCAUUCACUGGAAAUAUCACUGCUGCAUAUGUGGACGGAAAGUCAAGUGCUGAAAUAAUUGUUACCACUUUAGAAUCAGUCCCUAAGGAUCCACCUAACAACAUGACAUUUCAGAAGAUACCAGAUGAAGUUACAAAAUUUCAGUUAACAUUUCUUCCUCCUUCUCAACCAAAUGGAAAUAUCCAAGUAUAUCAAGCUUUGGUUUACAGAGAAGACGAUCCUACUGCUGUCCAGAUUCACAACCUCAGUAUCAUCCAGAAAACGGACACAACUGUCAUUGCAAUGUUAGAAGGGCUCAAAGGUGGACAUACAUACAACAUCAGUGUUUAUGCAAUCAAUAGUGCGGGUGCAGGGCCAAAGGUUCAAAUGAGAAUAACCAUGGAUAUUAAAGCUCCAGCACGACCAAAAACCAAACCAACCCCUAUUUAUGAUGCCACAGGAAAACUUCUUGUGACUUCAACAACAAUUACAAUCAGAAUGCCAAUAUGUUACUACAGUGAUGAUCAUGGACCAAUCAAAAAUGUACAAGUGCUUGUAGCAGAAGCAGGAGCUCAGCAUGAUGGAAAUGUAACAAAGUGGUAUGAUGCAUAUUUUAAUAAACCAAGGCCAUAUUUUACAAAUGAAGGCUUUCCUAACCCCCCAUGUACAGAAGGAAAGGCAAAGUUUAGUGGCAAUGAAGAAAUUUACAUCAUAGGCGCUGAUAAUGCGUGUAUGAUUCCUGGUAAUGAAGACAAAAUCUGCAAUGGACCUCUGAAACCAAAAAAGCAAUACUUAUUUAAAUUUAGAGCCACAAAUGUCAUGGGACAAUUUACUGACUCUGAUUACUCUGAUCCUGUUAAGACUUUAAGUGAAGGACUUUCAGAACGAACUGUAGAGAUUAUACUUUCAGUCACUUUGUGUAUCCUUUCCAUCAUUCUUCUUGGAACAGCUGUUUUUGCAUUUGCAAGAAUUCGACAGAAGCAGAAAGAAGGUGGGACAUACUCUCCUCGGGAUGCAGAAAUUAUUGACACUAAAUUCAAGCUGGAUCAGCUCAUCACUGUGGCGGACUUGGAACUGAAGGACGAGAGAUUAACGCGGCCGAUAAGCAAGAAAUCCUUCCUGCAGCAUGUUGAAGAGCUCUGCACAAACAACAACCUAAAGUUUCAAGAAGAAUUUUCGGAAUUACCAAAAUUUCUUCAGGAUCUCUCUUCGACUGAUGCUGAUCUGCCCUGGAACAGAGCAAAAAACCGCUUUCCAAACAUAAAACCAUAUAACAAUAACAGAGUGAAGCUGAUAGCUGAUGCUAGUAUUCCAGGAUCAGAUUAUAUUAACGCCAGCUAUGUUUCUGGCUACUUAUGUCCAAAUGAAUUUAUUGCUACUCAAGGUCCAUUACCAGGAACAGUUGGGGACUUUUGGAGAAUGGUGUGGGAAACCAGAGCAAAAACAUUAGUAAUGCUAACACAGUGUUUUGAAAAAGGGCGGAUCAGAUGUCAUCAGUAUUGGCCAGAGGACAACAAACCAGUUACUGUCUUUGGAGAUAUAGUGAUUACAAAACUAAUGGAGGAUGUUCAAAUAGACUGGACCAUCAGAGAUCUGAAAAUUGAAAGGCACGGGGAUUGCAUGACCAUUCGACAGUGCAACUUUACUGCUUGGCCUGAGCAUGGGGUUCCUGAGAACAGCGCCCCUCUAGUUCACUUUGUGAAGCUGGUUCGAGCAAGCAGGGCACAUGAUACCACACCCAUGAUUGUUCACUGCAGUGCUGGAGUUGGAAGAACUGGAGUUUUUAUUGCUCUGGACCACUUAACACAACAUAUAAAUGAUCAUGAUUUUGUGGAUAUAUAUGGAUUAGUAGCUGAACUGAGAAGUGAAAGAAUGUGUAUGGUACAAAACCUGGCACAGUAUAUCUUUUUACAUCAGUGCGUUCUGGAUCUCUUAUCAAGUAAAGGGAAUAAUCAGCUCAUCUGUUUUGUGAACUAUUCGGCACUUCAGAAGAUGGACUCUUUGGAUGCCAUGGAAGGUGAUGUUGAGCUUGAAUGGGAAGAAACCACCAUGUAAAUAUUCAGACCAAAGAUUACAACUGGAAGAUAUUUUCAAACCCCAGGGGCCAAAAUUAUCCCCUUAUUCUUCUGAUUUGAAAUGUAUAGCCUUGAGUAAAUCUCUAUGCUGCCCUUACUGUGCCUUGCUAAACUUAUAUUUUAUGAAUAGUCCUAGGAAAUAGCUAAUUCAAGAUAGUUGUCUGUUUUGUACAGAACAUUAUAAACUUAAAUUGUUUAAGAAGAGAUAUCCCAGAGAUUUCUGAAGCAUUCUGUAUUUGGGGAAUGAGUCAAAUAUGAAAUUAUAUUUAACGUUUCA